UAGGCUCUUUAGCCCAGAAACACGAGUUCAGACGGGUAUUUGACAUUUUGUCUACAACAAGUUGGUCGGCCUUAUGGAAACGGCACCGUUGCUAUUCAGUAGGGCGGGUAAGAAAAGUAAGAAACGAGCCCCGAGUCCGUAGCCUUACUUACCGACCCUCCGACAGUAACAGCUCAACUAACCGUUUGCUGCUAUCUUACGCCUACAAAAGAAAAGUCACCUAUUUUUAACCGUCAACGAUCUAUACAUGCCUCUCGAAAAUCUGGCUCUACACGACUUAUUAAUUGAUUUUCAGAUUAGUAAACCUUGAAAAACAAAGCCAUGCAGUUGCUUCAGUUCUUGGUUGUAAUAGUUGUUCUCUUGGAUUUUCUUGAAAAUGGAAAUGCGGGUAUUACAAGUUCUUUUACCCGCUCUCAAUGGCCAUCUACUGAUAUCCCUCUUGAUAAUCAAGUAUUUGCUAUUCCAAAAGGUCACAAUGCUCCCCAGCAAGUGCAUAUUACUCAAGGUGAUUAUGAUGGGAAGGCUGUGAUAAUUUCUUGGAUUACGGCCGAUGAACCGGGUUCUAUUAAUGUGGAAUAUGGAAAACUGGAGAAGAAAUAUGAGUUUAGUGCUCAGGGCACUGUAACUAAUUACACCUUUUACAAUUAUACGUCUGGUUAUAUUCAUCAUUGUCUUGUUGAUGGACUUGAGUAUGACACCAAGUACUUUUAUAAGAUUGGAGAAGGUGAUUCUUCUCGUGAAUUUUGGUUUCGAACACCUCCAAAGAUUGAUCCUGAUGCUCCUUAUACUUUUGGAAUUAUCGGUGAUUUGGGUCAAACAUAUAAUUCCUUUUCUACUCUUGAGCAUUACAUGCAUAGUGGGGGACAGACUGUCUUAUUUGUUGGAGACCUCUCAUAUGCUGAUAGGUAUCAAUACAAUGAUGUUGGUAUUAGAUGGGACUCAUGGGGCCGUUUUGUUGAGAGUAGUACUGCAUAUCAGCCAUGGAUUUGGUCGGCUGGGAAUCAUGAGAUAGAGUUCAUGCCAGACAUGGGUGAAAUUCUUCCAUUUAAAUCAUAUCUGCAUAGAUAUGCUACUCCCUAUAAUGCCUCAAAAAGCAGCAAUCCUCUUUGGUAUGCUAUACGACGGGCAUCUACUCACAUCAUUGUUCUUUCCAGCUAUUCUCCAUAUGUGAAAUACACUCCUCAAUGGAGAUGGCUUAGAGAGGAAUUCAAAAGAGUGGACAGGGAGAAGACACCUUGGCUUAUUGUUCUCAUGCACGUGCCUAUCUACAAUAGUAACUUUGGUCACUACAUGGAAGGUGAAAGUAUGCGUGCUGUAUUUGAGAGCUGGUUUGUCCACUUCAAAGUUGACUUCAUUUUUGCUGGCCAUGUCCAUGCCUAUGAACGAUCAUACCGCAUUUCCAACAUACACUACAAUGUAACAAGUGGCGAUCGAUAUCCUGUACCUGACAAAUCAGCCCCAGUAUACAUAACUGUAGGAGAUGGAGGAAACCAGGAAGGCCUAGCUGGAAGGUUUUGGGACCCGCAACCAGAUUAUUCUGCCUUCCGGGAGGCCAGUUAUGGUCAUUCUACCUUGGAAAUCAGGAAUAGAACACAUGCAAUCUACCAUUGGAACCGAAAUGAUGAUGGCAGAAAAGUACCAACUGAUUCAGUAAUAUUCCACAACCAAUACUGGGCAAGCAAUCUGCACAGGAGGAGACAUCUUAAGGAUAGCAGACAUGUCAGCUACUGAAACUUGAUCAAAUAGAUGUUCAUUUGCGAUAUAAGUACUCUUGUGCAUGCCGAGACCAGAGAUAUAUGCAAUCUAUGUAUCGCUUGUCCAAUUACGGAGAAGGGAAGUUCUGUCCACAAGGACUGUUCAGUUGGAGAAAUAUUUUACACAUCUGCAUGUGUCAGAAAAACAACAAUCAUGUCUUACCAAGCUUCAGGAAUUUUGAAAUAGCAUAGCAUAAUUUUUUUCUCAAAAAAUAUUAUUGCAUAUAAUUUUUUUUGAAUUUGCUUGCUUCUCUGUACUGAUUUUUCUUGAAAUAUUUACUUAAAUAUGUAUUCUUAGAUGCCAAGUAUUUUCGCUUACUAUGAAAAUCUGUACUCCAUUUUUUAAUGAGAAGUUUACAUUCCAUUUUUCUGAUA